AGUUGCUCCAGUUUCUGCCAUCUGCUUGGUUGGCGGAUGGGAGAGGAAGAGAUAUGAACUCCCUGUGUGCGUGUUUUAACUAUGGAUGCAUUAUAGUAGAACAUCCAUGGUUUUAACUCGACAACUGCGACGGUGAGAAUAAAAACCUGCGUAACGGAGGCUCCGUUUCUACUCGGGAGAACAGCCGGGGUCGGACCCCGACUUGCUUCCUGGUUCUUCCAGGAACGUCGCGAAGAAAAUUUCACUUUAGGGUUUAAUUUAAAACUUAGGAUUGAUUUGAACGCUACGAACAAGUGAAGCGCAGACCUGCACGGCCGGUGUUGUAUCGAACUCCAUUUCCGCCUAUGGAAACCGGUUAGCUAUGGUUAAGCGUUGGGGUUAGGCUAAGGUUAAGUUAAGGUUAAGUAGGUUAGGUUAAGGUUAAGUAGGUUAGGGCUAAGGUUAAGGUUAAUCAAGCGUCCCGGUGUUGUAUCGAAACUGUGGCAGAUCCCGGCGGGGAAACGGAGUUCCAUACACCGGGUAAUUCCCAAACGGCCCCGAUGUAGCUGGAAAACUUCGGCAUAUUGGCCCACAUUGACCCGUCAGUCCACCUGUACGCACCCCAACAUGAGGCAACAUGGGGUCCAGUUUCCCCAGGCGGGCAGCCAGGGUAGUGCAUCGGAUCCAGAGAGAAGGAAGCGGUGGGCCGAACUGUUCGAUCGGCUCGAUCUUAAUAAAGAUGGACGGAUCGACAUCUUCGAGCUGCGGACAGAAUUGGGGCGACGGGGUCUCUCCCGGGGCAUUCUGGAGAAGAUAGUGAAGGCAGGGGACACCAACCAAGAUGGGGCGCUGGACUUUGAGGAGUUUACCCAGUAUCUUUGUUCCCACGAGAAGCAGCUCAAACUCAUGUUCCGCAGCCUAGACAGGAACAAUGAUGGUGAGAUAGAUGCCGCUGAGAUCCAGCACUCUCUUCAUACUGUCGGUGUGGAUGUCACUUUGGAGGAUGCUGCCAGGAUACUGCAAAGUAUGGACAAGGACAGCACCAUGACCAUUCACUGGAGUGAGUGGCGAGACUAUUUUCUUUUUAACCCUCUUUACAACAUGGAGGAUGUGGCUCACUAUUGGAAACGCUCCCUGAUUUUGGACAUAGGUGAGCAGUUAAGAGUACCAGAUGAAUUCUCGGAGCAGGAGAAGACCUCUGGUUUUGUGUGGAGGCAACUUAUGGCUGGAGCCAUGGCUGGGUCUAUAUCCCGGACGGGAACCGCUCCCCUGGACCGCCUCAAAGUAUUUCUACAGGUACAUGGGUCCACUCUGGGCAAACAGAAUGUACUGAGCGGUCUCCGAGCCAUGGUGACAGAGGGAGGACUUGGAUCACUGUGGAGGGGCAAUGGGAUUAACGUCUUAAAAAUAGCCCCAGAGACGGCCAUCAAGUUCACAGCCUAUGAGCAGAUUAAACUGGUGAUUCGUGGCAAAAAUGAGACAAGAAAUCUGAAGGUGCAUGAGAGGUUUAUUUCUGGCGCAUUAGCUGGAGGCAUAGCUCAGACUGCAAUCUAUCCAAUGGAGGUGCUGAAGACCCGUUUGACCUUGAGGAGUACAGGGCAGUACUCUGGAAUAGCAGACUGUGCCAAGCAGAUCCUGCAGAGGGAAGGUGUUAAGGCCUUCUACAAGGGCUAUGUUCCUAACAUGCUGGCAAUCAUUCCUUAUGCUGGCAUUGACCUGGCUGUAUAUGAGACUCUGAAGAAUGCCUGGUUGCACAGAAAUAAAAGUUUAACUGACCCAGGAGUUAUAGUGCUGGUGGGCUGUGGUACUGUUUCCAGCACCUGUGGACAGCUGGCCAGUUAUCCUCUAGCGGUGGUCCGUACACGUAUGCAGGCACAAGCCUUAAUGAAGGGGGACCACCAGCUCUCAAUGAUGGCUCUGUUUCAAAACAUUGUGAACCAGGAGGGUGUGGCCGGACUGUAUCGUGGACUCUCCCCCAACUUGCUAAAAGUCAUCCCUGCUGUCAGCAUCUCCUAUGUGGCCUACGAAUACACGAGGAAGGUCCUGGGGUUGGGCAGUGAAAGAGAAAGCUAAAGGGAGGAAAAGGAUGAGUGGAGGAAGGGAAGGAAAAGAAAAGGGGAUAGAUCAACAGACAUGGGACUGAAGUGGCAGGGUGUUUGUAAGUCCACAACUGAGUUGAAAUCAAGUGCAUUGAAUUUGUGUGUGAUAACAAGCUAGCUUGGUAGAGGCGAUCAAACAUAUUCAGCUAACUGAGAAAAACGUUUGUGUUCUACUUAAGCAGUAACUAAUUAGAUAACUAAUGUGUCUACUGUCACGAUAUUUUUAUCUGGUUUGAAUCUUACUAGUGCAUUUUAUUUGCCAUUACUUGAGAGAUGGUUCUGUGAGAGCUGAAAUUUUUUGUAAUUGCCAAUUUGGAAAUGUUGACUUGUUCCUUAUUUAAAAGGUUGAAUUAAACCAAUAAAAUUCUAGACAGUCUUAAUGAAAUCAUCUUAAACAGUAAUAUUUUUAACUUGUUUUCUUAAAUGAGUUGAAAUUAUGUGUUGAGAAACAGAAAUUACAUAAUUUUAAGGACAGUUUCACUCUUGGAAAAAAAUGAAAAAAUUCAAACACGCACACAAAUUCGAUGCAUAUAGUUUAAAUUCGGGUGGCUUGUGGUACAAGUUUCAACCCAUAGUUUUUAUGGGAAAUAAAUAACCACAAGCACAUAAAGUCAAGUCUUCCAGUAAUGUUUUGAGUCUUACACACGGUCAUGUACAUAAUAAAAUGCAUAAACAUUUGCCCUUCAGAGAAAGAAAGGAGGGUUGGAGUUAGGGCAGAAGAUGUGAAAAUGAAGAACACAUCCACCACUGGAUCCAAGUAUUGCAUCGCAUGGUCUGAAUCCUCAUAUUUACACUCUCUUACCUAAAUGGGAGGUUUCUAUACCAAGGAAUGCUGUAUUUGAUAUAUAUAUAUGUCCCACAGUGCAUGCCAGCAGUUGUCUUUGGUGGAAAAGCCAUUCGAUCAGCUUCAGUAUCUCCAGACUUUUUACACAGAUAAGUACCUGCCUUAACUUGCUCAAGACCAAACAUAUCAAAUGUGCCGUCUGUGACAUACAUUUGGAAACAUGACUGAGCCACAAGAGGAUAAUCACAAACUCAGUCUUCUCCCCUCACGAUUUAAGGUGGCAUAUAAAGAAUUAUGCAAAGGGAUGCUCUUCUCAGCUUUUCGAAGAAAACAGGAACCAGCUACUGUCCUCUGGUUUUCAGUUGAAUAUAGAACCAGAAAACCCAUAAAGAAGUUGAAAAGAUGUUGAAAAAGAAAACUACAAAAUCUUAUAAUAAAUAAGAAAUCAUACCAUUUGUGUUCCACAAGCAAUAAACACUUGCUGACAGUUAUUAUUAAACUAAGUUUAAUUAAAGUCAUGCAAACAGAUGAGAUG